CGUCUUCCGAGUAUGUCGGGAAAAGAGCCAAGAGUUCAUCAUCGAGCCUCGCUGGCUCUACCCGGAAACAUUAGAAGGGCCGGAAAGGACCGAUGUUUGGGGAGCACACGUCACUCACUUUUUUUUAACCCCAAAAAUAAUUAGCGCCCACCACCAUUGCAACAUUUUUUUCCGGCUAAUAGUGUCACUAAGCCCCUUCCGUGCUCCCCGUCGAGGCUCAAGUGGGAUGCGGAAGGACUACGGCGUUAUCCGUCGGUGAUUGUUAUUCGUGCGGUGGGAGACAGGCGAGCGGGCGGCCGGACUCGCUUUAGCUAUUUGGCUCGGCGUUGCUGAAAAUGGCUCCGGCUAAACACUGGAAACCGCACGCAGCAAUGGAAGCCAGCGCUAGCUGCUAGCUUGUAGCUAAUAGCUAGCUCGGCUCGAAGAAGAAGGCGUGACAGGCCGCAUCCGUCUUCUGCGCUCUCCACGCCCAAGAUUGAUGCUUUGCCCGAAAAUGCGAAUCGGCCCAAACUGCGAUAAAAUAACUCCCUCGUUCAUCACUCGGGGGAUCGUGUUGUGCCAAAGAUCCUUAGGAUCAAUAGGAGGAAACGGUAAGAAGUGAAGAGCGUCAGGGUCUUCUUGGCUGAACACAGAUGAGGAGUCUCGCUUAGAUCAAGGAAAAUGUCAAUGCAGUAACUCGCAAAGGAAUCAAGAGGAAGUCUAUUGAACUGCUUGGCUAAAAGUUAUUCUAAGCAAUUUUGAAAUUAGACGGAACACCUUUUUUUUAUGCUUUUGAGCUGCUCCGCUGCUUCGGGAAGUAAAUUUUAAGCAGUGGAUGAUCGCGAGUACCAACAGCUGUUUUUGUACAUAUAAGAAAACUUUUAAGUGACAUUCAAGCGUUUCUGGAAAAAAGAAAAAAACAUUUUCGCCGAAGUGUCUUUAGGCUUUUUUUUUUGUAUUUCACUCCUCUUGUUUUGGGACUCUUGUUGCUGCUCCUAGCACUGGAGGUUUGUCCUUGCACCCCCCAUGUGCAUGUGAGUGGGAAAUGUUCCAGUUUGGAAAAUACAAUUUGGACAUUAUAGAGAUGUUAAGUGGGCACCAGGCCCACCAGUUCAAAGGCCUUGGGUUAGACCGACAACUGCAGCAUCAGCAGCAAGUGCAACUCCACCAGCACCAACUCCAGCAGCAGCAGCAGCAGCAGCAAGCUGAGUCGUCUGGAGCUCUUCUGUCUGGACUUGGCUUGGGCCCCCUGCAGGGGUCAAGAGGUAACGCCUUUUCUGAUUCUGCCUCCAUUUUUGCCAAGAUGAGUGCCCCUCCUCCCCCACCUUUACAACAGCAGCCUUCCUCGUCUCAGAGCUCUCGUUCAAAGUCAAGCAAGAUGAGCAGCAACAGCAGCUCAAGCCAUUCUUCGAGCUACCCACAGUUCCUGCGCUCUUUCCACCCGACUGAGGCAGCACUAGCGCAGGAGCAGUUGCACCCAGGUGUAGGCCGCUUUGAGCACUUUGCCGGAGGAAGUAGCAGUAGUGUGAGUGCUGGGGGAUUAGGAGGAUUAGUAACAUCCGCACCUCCACCCCCACCUCCUCUGCAUCCCGGCCUCUCUGUCCCCCAAGCCUCAUCCGGCCCCUCUUCGUCCUCCCCUUCCCCUUCAACCUCUGUGGCCACCUCUAACAACCUCGCUAGCAGCAGUGCAGUCAGUUCUUUGGGACACCAGUUGGUUGGGGCCCAGUCUGAUGCACGGAGCCUUCACCAACAAUUUAGUUGCAUGCUAGCCGCAAAUCAGUAUUUCCUCUCCGGGGUGCCUGCUAAUGCUAGUUUAGAGCAGUUUCUCGUUCAACAGGGUAGCCAUAACCACUUGGGGAUCGGUUUAGGCCAGAGUGGUGGGGAGCCGAGUACUAGCCUUGCUCCGCCCCCUGCGCUUCAUUCCUCUCACUCGCAUAGCCACUCCGCUUCUCAAUCACAGCAGGCUCCGCAGCAGCCGCCCCAGCAGCAACAGCUUGCGCCUCACGCCCUAUCUCAUCCUCACUCCCAUUCUCAUCCUCACCACCCGCUCCACCCCGGGUCCCAGCCCUCAUCGCUGGGCGGCUUUGACUUUCAAGGCAUCCCCGUCCUCUCGUCAAAUCAAAUAGCCUCGCUGAUGCAGCAGGAAGCGGGUUUGCCGCUUCCUCUGCCACUUCAUUUAUCCUUGUCUAAGGAUGACGCGAAAGCGGACAGCGCAGGUAGCGGAACAGGCGGCGGCGGCAGUAGUAGCGGCAGCACUAGUAGCAGUAGGAGGAAGAAAGCGAUGGCUGGCUAUCUGCCCCAGAGAAAAUCUGAAAGCACUAGCAACGGUCCCAGCGGCCACAGCAAUCCUAGCACGAGUAGUAGCAACGGCGCACUUAGUCAUAGUCAGCCCCCAGCUUUAAUUGGAAGUGGGGUGGGCUUACCAAAUAUGGGCGGAGACCCGUCAUCCCUGCUUGCCUCAUCUUCAUCCUCAUCAGUAGUUUCUUCUUCUUCUUCCUCCUCUGCUCCCUCUUCCUCCGCUGCCUCAGUGCUGGUUACUAACGAGUCUCACCUUUCUAAAUCUGAUAACUUGAGCUCAAUGCAAGCUAACGCCACCGAAUCUGACACCGAGUCAAUUUAUAGCUGUGGAGAGUGUGGCAAAAGCUUCCCUCACCUUUCGAGCCUUCGCAGGCAUAUGCGUAUGCAUGAGCCAACCGCAGCUGGCACUAGCAAAUCGACCACUACCGGCCCAAAUCCCGUUCACAUUAAAAGUCAGUCAGACCCGAGCCUCCCCCAUUCGACCCAAGAAACUCCUCAGCCCAUGUCCAAUUGUUGCCCUAGCCCAGACAAAAUAUUUCACUGCCCCGAUUGUGGCAAAGGCUUUAAGAAAAAAGGUCACCUCCUGCAACACGGUGUCCUACACUCUUCAGCCCGCCCAUAUGGCUGCUCCACCUGCUCUCGGGCUUUUAAUCGUAGAGAGUCACUGACACGGCAUGAGAAGAUACAUGAGGAAAAGCCAUUCCGAUGUCCUGCCUGUGGUCGUGCCUUCCGUGAGAGCACCUCUCUACUCAACCACGCUGCCUCAGGCACCUGCGGCAAGCCAGGUAGGGGACCCAAACAACGAGGCAGCAAGACAGGAAGCGACGGUGAGGACAGAAUAGGGGGAGGGAGCGGAGGAGGUAACGGAGGAGGGGGAACUUAUCCGAGCAAUCGGGGGGUCAUUUAUGGGAAAAGUGAGGAGAAGGAGGGUAUAAUCAUUGUUGGGGAAGGAGAGCAAAAAUCAGGGUUAGGAUGUGAUCUGUUUCAGUCUGCAAGGGGAGGGAAUUCAAAUGACAGGGACAGAACCGAUGGUAAAUACCCCACUGACUACUCUCGGAAUCGUUACACAGGCUACCAUGAAGACCACCGUUCUCAAGGUAAUCCAUCUCCGUGCUACUCUGGUGCCUCCCCCUGUGGAAGCGGGAUGGCCGGCCCAGCUCUGAGAAAGGCGCCCCUGGCCCCAACCCUGCACCCGCACUCUCAGAGCCACAACCAGCACCAUCAUCCGCAGCAACAGCCCCACCUGCCCCUCUCCUCGCUACUGGAUGACUCGGAGGAUGAUGUCACUAGCUCCGUCAAUAAUGCCAUCUCUGCCAUCACCGCGGCAACCGGAAAUAGAGAUGACAGGGGGGACAUCAUAGGAGGUCUACUCGGCGGUCUUGGUCUAGGCCCCCUGGGUUCACCGUCAACAUCGAGCAUGGAUAAGAAUUUCCGAGGCGGUGGGAACCAAGAGGCGUUGAGCAACAAUUCGCAGAAUCCCGCCGCAAAGCCCAAGCGUCCCCGCAAGCCCAGAGCCAAGAAAGAUCCGGCAGCUGACGGGCAGCCCCCGAAGCGUAGGCAGUACACUCCGAGAAUGGGAACCAGCGGGCUCCCACGCACUCACCUCUGCAGUGUCUGCGGCAAGGGUUUCGCACGCCGCGAGACUCUACGCCGGCACGACCGCAUACAUACCGGCGAGAAGCCUCAUCACUGCACUGUUUGUGGAAAGUAUUUCAGGGAGGCUUUCCACCUGAGCAAGCACCAAACGGUUCACUCUGGGGCUAAGAAUUACAAAUGCGGCAUUUGUGGGAAGGAGUUUGGCUACUCCCAGAGUCUCAGGAGGCACAGCAAGCUCCACCAGAAAGGGGAGAUGGAAGAGGUGCCAACGACACCAGCGCCAGAGAACAUGAACAGCUUUAAUCCCAACCCCCAGUGCAGCGUGACCCAAGACGGGAACCAGAACCAAGUACCGAGCACCUCCUCCUAUUACUCCUACCCUCAAGAUGUCAAGCCUCAAGAUACCCAGCCGCAUCCGCAGCCCCCGCCUCGUCUUUACACCUGCGCUAUCUGCUGGAAGUCGUUCCGCCACCACUUCCAUCUGACCGCCCAUCACCAGACGGUUCACGAAGGUGGGGGUGAAAAGCAUUUCUGUUGCGAGGUGUGCGGAAAAGCCUUUGCUUACUCCAACAGCCUUACCCGACACAGGCAGUCCCAGCACGGGAUCACCCGCGGCGAACCGUCCAACCCCCAAGAAGGCAGCAGCGGCGCUGCAGACAACAGGGGAGGGAGCGACGUGAACCAGUCGACGUCGGAGAGCGAGGCCGCCACCAACGCCCUGCUGCAGAUGGCCCCGGCCGCCGACAACCACGGGGCUCCGAGUCUUAACGUUGUCGCUCACGGCCACCAACAGGCGCCGCCGCCGCAACCGCCGGCCGGUUAUUCUCCCCUCUUUUACGACACCACAGCGACCCAGUCUUCAGCCUCCGGCGCCUCGUCUUACUCGCAGCCUCUGCCCCCCAAUUCUACCAUCAUGCCGCCCCACCACCCGCACUCCCCGGCCGGAGUGAAAGGAGAGCACAUUUAUCCGGCCGGAUCCCGCAGCCGCACUCUACACACCACGGCCCCGUUCCAGCCCCUCACGGAACUGCCCUCCACCGAACAUCACCAUCUACAUCAUCAUCAUCAUCACCCCCACCACCAUCAUCCUCAUCAUCAGUCAGGUGCCCAGCCCCAACAACACCUCGACUGCAGCAACCAGUUGCCGCACGAUGAGAUCAGACGACACAAGAAGAAAAAAAAAAAGUCCGAUAAGAGAGAUUGGCAGGAAAAUAAAUAUGAAUCCCAAGACUUAGUCAGAUUUGACGGGAGCCACAAGAAGAGAAAGAUAAGUUGUACAGUACGCGGGCAGUCAAAGAAAAAACAAGGCUCUCUUCGCUUGACAAUUAGGCGGGGUGAAGGAUCCGGUGGCGGUGGGUAUAAACUUGUCAACACCGGGGGCGUGAAAGUUCAGAUCCUGUCAUCCUUAAAAGUUCCCGUGAAGCGUUUUGGCUGUCCUAUAUGUCCCAGUUCUGUGUUUUCCCGCAAAGCGGGGCUGCUAGUCCACAUGGCAAUUAGACACCCACAAAAAGCCAAACCCACACGAGAGCGACUUCAGUGCUGCGUAUGUGGGAAGCAGUCUCAGAGGCCCCUGGCAGCUUUUGUCCAUCGGGCUUUUCAUCGCGCCAGAGGGACCUUCUCCUGCCAGUGCUGCGCCGCUCGCUUCUGGAACGCUAUCCUGCUCCAAAGGCACAAGGGUUCCUGCAGCCGCACGGCUAAAAGAGCGCGGCAGGCUGAUUCUAAAAAGCCGACGCUACUAAAGAGACCAGCAGAAAGACCCACCCGAGAUGGUCAGGGCGACGUGCCCUACCAUCUACUGGGAUCAUACCGAUACUGAGCAUCCCUGUACCGGAUGUGACGACACGAUGACAAUAAAGGGACUAGUCGAUUUUAGACUGCUGAGUUUAGGACUGAGUGUGGUAACAACUACUGUAAAACAUCACCUGAAAUGCUUCCAGAUUCUUUUGGAAUGUCUUUCAAAAAAAAAUGUGACUGUUUCCAUAGGAUCACUAACCCCCUUAAGUGCAUUGACACUAUGCUUGGCAGACACUGUGCAGUCACUAGGCAAGUUUAGCUAACGUUCCCUGCACAUGUAUCGCUCCUCAUAUUCUAACUAGCAUCCUCGCUACACACCUUUUUGCUGUAUGAUAAACCGUGACUCUGCUGUGUACUUUGUAUGGUCCAUGUAGCACCUCUGAGGAUAUUUUUUAACAUGUAAAGUGAUUUUAUUAGGAGUAGGGACUUUGGGAUUACGACAACAUUUGUUGAUAGUUUGUCAGUGCAUGUUUGUUCUCUGGUCAAGUUUAUUGCUGAGGUGAUAUGUGAUGGCUUCUUCAAGUAUAUCCCACAAGUUUGUAGUUGUUAAUUUGAUUUGAGGGGUUACUCCUAUACGCCCGAGUGAUUGUAAUCACCUAUAGAUAAAAACAUGUCAAUGGUAAUUAGUCUAAAGGGCCUCUCUCCUGCCAAAAUGAAGAAACUUACAAAAAGCCUUGCUUUUUAUGUUGGCUUCAUUGAGUUGAAAAGUUUCCUAGCUUUUAUACCAAGGGAUAGAACACAAGGUAAACAAGUGAACUAUAACGCGUUUGUCUCAUGUUAUUUGUAUGCUCUUUUUAGCAGUAAUUAUUUCUACAGUGCUUCACUUUAUGUUUAAGACAAGGACCUAUUCUCCAAGCAAAUGUACUAUUCCAUGUAUUUAUGUAUGUAACUGUCUUCAUACCAAUCUUAGACUGAACCUCAAACUUUUAGUGUGUGCUGAGUCGCAAUCAUAAUCUUACUGUCACGUUGUUUUUUGUUUUCUUCUAAAGAAAUUUCCUCACAUAUGAAAUGUCCAUGCCUGUUUCACACCUUUUUUUCUUCUAAAGAAAAAAAAUAUAGUUUUAGUAGAUUUCUAUCACUUUAUUUACUGAAAAGCCAGUAGUUGAUUAUAUUUGAAAUGAAUAAACCUUGAGUGUAA